UCUACCCAAACCAGACACACUUGAGAUAUAUAUAGACACUAAUCUCAAUACACCCAAUAUCUAUCUAACACCAGAUCAAAUUAAACCUGAAAUAAUUGAACUGAUUUAGUUUGUGUUUUGUAACUUGCUUCUAUUUUGCGAAACAAAAACAAACCUGGCAUAGCAUAUACAUGAAUGUAAUGCUAGUGUACAAUUUAUCUGAUCCAAUCUGAUCUGGGUUUUAAGCUCCACUUUGGCAGAAGAAUUUCCAACAGCCUGUCUUUAGCCUGUGAAAAUAGGGGAAAAAAAGCACAAAUACAAAACUGUGUAAGGCGUCCUAUAGCAAACAGCCAGAAUACAGCGUAUAAAACAUGACUGGUUUAAGAAUGGAAAACAGACUUUCACAGUAAAGCCCUACAUUUUUCAUAAGAUCUCUGCACUCUUUAGUGUGCGGUUCUGUUAUGUUAACACUUCAAUGACUGAACAUAAGCUAAGCAAAUCCACAUGUUCAGGCAUGAAGUGAGUUCAGAGACGGUGAUACUGAAUCGGGUCUCUGUGUAUGGACAGACACAAAUGGUGUGUUUAGAAACAAAGUCGCAAUUUCACAUGAUGAAACAUGAACCACUGUCAGCUGCUUGCAUUGCGCUGUAUCCUCUGUGCUUCUGCAUCACACACACAUGCUUAGAUAUUUAGAUAUCAGAUAACCACACACACGUCACUGUGUGUUUCUGUUUGUGUGUUUGUUUCUGUGUUAGUGUGCCUGCCUCUUUGUGUAUGCUCUUAUGUGUGUGUGUCUGAGUAGACUGAGCAAUGGGUUUCUGUGAAGCCGCGUGUGUGUGUCUGACCUCUCGUAUUCCUCCUCUGUAGUAACAAAUACAGCGUGAUUGUACGUGUGGAGGUGACGUGCUGUUGGAACCAAACAGAUGUGUCCAUUUGUCUCCUUUUCCUUUACUCCUUUCACUCCUAUUGUCCAUUUCUCGGGCUAAUGGACUUUACACAUGUUUACUAAUUGCGUGUGUGAUGACAGGAAACCGAACUUGUUCCGUUUUUACUCUCACCCUUCCAAAAUAACCAAACUAUCCAAAAGUGGUUUAAACCAGAGAUUAAAUGAACUGCAGACCCGAUUAAUGCAGAAUUCUUUAAAGCACCAGUUCAAGUAAAGAGUCAUGAGGGCUUUCCCUCUCUCGCCAUACCUAAUUAAGUAUGCGUAACCUGUUGACAAAGCCUGUCGCCGUGAAGCUGUUAUUUUACUCAAGCCGGCCACUCUAGCUGUAUGAACCCACUCACUCUUGUUCUGAAACCUGCUUUUAUUACACAUAUGUGUACUGUUUUGAGAUGUGAGUGUAAAUUUUGGUAAAAGGCACAACUAUAGAUGGUUUGAGCAUCACAGUAUAUCUCAACAAAGCCCAGUGUUCAGCUCAGUGGAUUUUUAUAGUUCAGAAAUAAAUAUCUCCUUAGUGAAUAAAAGCCCACGUUCAAUAUGAUGUGUGAGGAGAUUUCUAUCCCAUGGCCCACCUCUUCUCUGUAGUUCCUCUGUAGCUAAAAGUUCGGGGGAGGGGAGGAGUGGUCUGUCCCUUCUGUGUAUGUGUGUGUAGGACUAAGAACGAAUCUUGAGUGGUGGACUUAUGAAAGACAAGCAGACCGAGAGAGAAAGAGAGAAAGCUGGCGGGUAUGGACGUUCUGCUGGUUCCUCUUCGAAAACAAGCAGGUAGCAUUUCUCUUCUCGCAUCGCCCAGCUUUAGCCCCGUCACCAAGAUCACUUUAGGAGCAGUGAACUCUAAUGUCGGCACCCCGAUGAUUAUAAGCACUCCUCAGAGGGUGACUCACCCAGGAAGUAUCCUCAUCGGCAGCCCCUUCACGCCACACACUACACCUGCUGCCAUGGUUACACAAGCAUGUCCUCCAGAGGGCAACGAAUGGACCCCAGGGAACAAGAAACGGACGCAUGACUUUAUAGACCCCUAUUACUCUGACAGGGAUGGACUGUGCUCCAGUGACUCCUCAUCAAGUAAGAGGAUGAAAAAAGUGGAUAAGAAAGGAAAGGGACUCAGGCAUUUCUCCAUGAAGGUGUGCGAGAAGGUGCAGAUGAAAGGCACUACAUCCUACAACGAGGUGGCUGAUGAACUAGUGGCAGAGUUCACCCACGCCAGCAACCUCACAUCUACAGAUUGUCAGCAGGCGUACGAUCAGAAAAACAUCCGCAGGCGUGUGUACGAUGCUCUGAAUGUGUUGAUGGCCAUGAACAUAAUCUCCAAAGAGAAGAAGGAGAUUCGCUGGAUUGGCCUUCCCACUAACUCAGCACAAGAAUGUCGCAACCUGGAGUUGGAGAAGCAGAAGCGGCUAGAAAGAAUCCGGCAGAAAAGAAGCCAGCUAGAGGAGCUAAUACUACAGCAGAUAGCCUUUAAGAACCUGGUGAAGAGGAAUCAGGCCAAUGAAGCAGCUUCAAAAUCCCGACCACCUCCCGGCUCAGUCAUUCAGCUGCCCUUUAUUAUUCUCAAUACAGACGUGCGCACAGUCAUCGAUUGCUCCAUCUCCAGUGACAAAUGUGAAUACCUCUUUAACUUUGACAACAUGUUCGAGAUCCAUGAUGACAUUGAGAUUCUGAAGCGUAUGGGGAUGUCUUUAGGGCUGGAGAACGGCACAUGCAGUGCUGAGAACCUCAGUGUGGCCAAGUCACUUGUGCCCAAAUCACUAGAGACUUAUGUCACAGGCAUGGGCAAAAAAUCGAACAGAACCACUCCCAAUUAUACAAGUCACAGCAGCACUGCUCCCUCGUACAGCUCCGAAUCCCGGGGCCAGACACCCAGCUCCUUCAACGAGGAGGACGACGAUGACGACGACGAUGACGACGACGAUGACGACGAGGACGAGCCAUCUUCUCCGGAAUGAACUCGGAAAUCAGUGUGCUGAUGCCUUAUGCUUCCCUGAGACUGGGCCUCUGUUCUGCUGUUUGACUUUCUGCCAAAUCCACAGGUGGAAUGAGACACCGGGAAUAAGCUUCCACUUCCUCGCGAUGUGAUAUUCCAAACUCUCCAUCUGUUUAGCCCUGUAUCUAUCGAUCUCUGUUUUUUUCAUUGAUCUGUCUGUCUCGUGUGAAUGUGUAUCCCCACACACACACAUACUGGUUUGUAUAUGAGGAGGAUUGAUCAGUUGUGUCCUAAUGGUGCUUUUUCUCCUUGAAUACACCAGCAAACCUCAGGUCAGGCAUGAGGAAGGGAGUAAGUGCUGGCAGGAAUUUCACAUCGACAGCUUUCAGUUGGUCUGCAUACUGCCUCAAAACCAUCUAUUCACUCAGUUACAGUCUCUUUGUAUUUAUUACUGUCCUGUUCCAAGAUGAACUUAUAUCAAUAUAAUUUCUUAUGUUUAGACAACAGCCAAUGCCUAUUGUUUUUUCUUUUUGUUUGUUUGUUUUUUUUGGUUUGCAUCUCCCUCAUAUGUACUGUUAAGAAAUCGAUAGCUUUGAUAGCUAAUCGAUAACCGUUUCCAUGUUCAGUGUGGAAGGAAUUUGUGUGCUUUUCAGAAAAGAAAAAAAAAAUCAUUUGUUUGUUUUCUUACAAUUCUUCAAUUUCAUUGUGCAUUGCCUAGUUUAUUCAUGUCUUGCCAUUUACUACAAUAGAAUGAAAUGGGGACAAAAAAUGAAAUUACCAUAAUGAGAUUAGGUGCAUAUGCCCUGAAGAGACGCAUGCUAGGGAGUGAAGUGUUUUUCUAAGUGUGAUGUGUAGAGUAGCAUCUUCUGCUAAUGUCUGUUUUUUUGCUAGAAAUUUAUAGUGGAUAUGAAAUGGCUGAUACCAGGGAAAUCUCCCUCUUUGACCUACUCAGGUCAGCAUUUUAAACCUGGAAACUUAUUUGAAACCCCAAAAGAAUAAUAUUAUUAUUACUUGUAUUUUUCUCUGAUGGUUCCUACUUUGGUUUGGAAAUGUAACUCGGUAUGUAUAUGUAUACAUAAACGUAUAAUUUUGGUUA